GAAUCAUCGGAACCAGUGGGUGGUUAAUCUUAACCUAACCAACGGGUUAGUGUUUGGUCCCUCUCUGCUUUGCUCUUGCCCUGCCGCCAGCCUCUGACAUCGAUUCCUUGGGCUUGUACCUCCAACUCAAGCCGAUCGCUUCUUCUUCUUCUUCUUCUUCUUCUUCUUCUUCUUCCAUCCAUGGCGGAAGCCCAGAGCGAACAAACCCUUUCCUUAGCUGAGCAAUAUUCCUUGAAAGAAAAAGAGGAGAAGGUGGAUAUACCACUGCCCUCUGAAGUGAAAGAGGUUGAGAACGCUGAAAAUGCUGCUCCUGCUGAAGUUGUUGUGAAGAACGAUGAACCACCUGUUGAAGCUGAUGCUGAUCAAAGCAGUGACAAUCCCCCUGCUGAAGAAUCUCCUGCUGUAGAGGACUCUGAAACUGGUCCUGCUGCUGAGAACGACAGUGGAGCUGCUGCUGAAGAAGAAAGCAGCGGAGCUGGAGAAGAGGAAAAUUCUGGUGAUCAAGAAAGCACUGACGAGCAACCUGAAAUUAAGCUCGAAACAGCACCAGUAGAUUUCCGUUUCCCCACUACAAAUCAAACUAGGCAUUGCUUCACCCGGUAUAUUGAAUACCAUAGAUGCACACAAGCAAAAGGGGAAGGUGCUCCAGAGUGCGAAAAGUUUGCGAAAUAUUAUCGUUCUCUUUGUCCAAGUGAAUGGGUAGAGAAAUGGAACGAGCAGAGGGAGAAUGGAACGUUCCCAGGCCCGCUGUAGGAGUAGAGAGUUGCCUGUUCGAUAAUUCAGCAGCAGCCACAUGCUGCCGUAAAAUGGCAAAUAAACUGAGUUCUCUCUUUCAAACAAUUGAGUUAUAAUAAUUAUCGGCUGGUUUUUGGUAUUUCAUUCAAAAUCCAUUUGCAACCAAAGUUUUGUUGAUGCAACCACUUUGUUCCUGGUUUACAUACAUGCCUAAUCGUUUUUCCUUAUAUUUAGCAAAUAGUUACAAGGAGCUAGAAUCACUCCUGUAAGACCAUCAUCAAUUUAUAUGCACUGAUAUUGUUGCAUUUAUGAAAAAAAUUUAAUAAA